GGCCUUGCGUUGGCGUCACGUGGUCGCCGUCUCAGCUGACCCGGUGCGACAGGAAGGAGACAGUCCCAGGCCGGGCUUCCUGGCGCGAUGAGGUUCCGGUUCUGUGGUGAUCUGGACUGUCCUGACUGGGUCCUGGCGGAGAUCAGCACGCUUGCCAAGAUUUCCUCUGUGAAGCUGAGGCUGCUGUGUAGCCAGGUGCUGAAGGAGCUUCUGGGACAGGGGAUUGACUACGAGAAGGUCCUGAAGCUCACAGCCGAUGCCAGGUUUGAGGCGGGCGAUGUGAAGGCCACAGUUGCAGUGCUGAGCUUUAUCCUGUCCAGUGCGGCCAAGCACAGCGUGGACGGCGAGUCCUUGUCCAGUGAACUGCAGCAGCUAGGGCUGCCCAAAGAGCAUGCGGCCAGCCUGUGUCGCUGUUAUGAGGAGAAGCAAAGCCCGCUGCAGGAGUACCUACGGGCCGACAGCCUGCGCGUGAAUAGGCUGGCUGGCGUAGGCUGGCGGGUAGACUACACUCUGAGCUCCAGCCUGCUGCGGUCUGUGGACGAGCCCAUGGUACACCUGCGGCUAGAGGUGGCAGCUGCCCCCGGGACCCUGGCCCAGCCCGUUGUCAUGUCCCUCUCAGCAGACAAGCUCCAGGUCCUCCUGACAGAACUCAAGCAGGCCCAGACCCUGAUGAGCUCCCUGGGCUGAGAAGAAGAGCAUCUGGGGCUGUGUGGAGCUGCCCUGUGUUGAGUCGCUGCCCUCUGAAUGUCUCUUCAGGACCCUGGGGGCUUGGCCUCCUGUAUCUCCAGGUUCCCACCUAAGAGUUCAGCAUAGGGCCCCUGAGGACUUUCCCAGUAUUGCCUUCCCUCCCCCAUGAAAGACACUUGGUGGUGGUUUUCCUGAGCAGGAAGAAUAAACUGAAGUGGAAAGGAG